AUGACCACUAAGGAUUGUGGCGAUGAUAUUAGGAGGUUAUCCGAAGCGAUGGAUGUGUUAGCCAAGCUGGUUUUGGAGCAACGGAAGGAAGGUGGGUCUUUACAACUUGAAUACCAACGGAAGAUUGACGCGCUCGAUAAACUCAUUAACAUGAUUCUACGACUGCCAAAGAAAGAUGGUGAACUCGGCGAUUGGGAGGUGGAUAAAAUGCAUUUGGCAGGCAUGCUGCGAGAUGGUAUCGAGAUUAUAGAGAGACCAGAUAAGAAGCGAGCUUGCAAUAGGAAAUAUGCCCUCGUACCGGUGAUAGAGCGAUCCAGUACUGUGGGAAAACCUCUUGCGAAGAAGAAGAAAAACAAGAUAGCUUGCUCUUUUUGCAGUGAAAUUGGUCACACUAGGGCCAAGUGUCCGAAGAGAAUAGUCUAUGUUUCCCAGCGAGACUCUUGA